CAGUGUCAGGACAGGAUAUCAUUGUAUCUGCCAGAGUUAGCAGUGCACAACAGUUAGAGUACAGUUUAAACUCCUGCUCAGUGUCUCAGUCCUCUCAAGAUGUCCUCAGAUAUUUAUGCCAAACCAGAUCUAUCAAAGAAGGUGAGAUACAGCAGAAAGGAGCAGGAGGACAGAGCAGAGUGGGAGCAGAGGGAGGUGGAUAUCUACGACAGUGCAGACUUUGAUCACACUGGAAUUCAAUCACAAGGAGGAGGUCCAAAGACUAAGAGUCCUCCUUCAGUCCAGAAGGGCUCUUUCAGAUGUGCUACACUGGGUCUAGCAGUGCUGUGCCUCCUGAUGUUAGCUGGGAUCAUCAUCCUUUCCAUACGCUGGAAGUGUCCUGAUCGAUGGACGAGAUUUGGAAGCAGCUGUUACUUUAAAUCCACUGAGAGGAAAACUUGGUCUGACAGCAGGAGAGACUGUCAGGAUAAAGGAGCUGAUCUGGUGAUGAUAAACAGCAAAGAGGAACAGGAACUUAUCAAUGAACUGAACAUGAGAGGAGAGUCCUGGAUUGGUCUGGAACGCUAUUCUCAGAAACAUGAAUGGAAAUGGGUGGAUGGAUCACUGCUGACAGAAAUGUUCUGGGCACCUGGACAGCAGAAUGACAGUUUCGCUUACUAUGGAGUCUGCUGUGACAGUGAUGGGAGAUGGACACAGUCAUAUGAUCCUGAAUCAAAGACCUUCAUCUGUGAGAAAUGAGUUUGGUGCUUUGAUGUAAAUGUUUGAAUAAUCCAACCAAAGACACCUCACUAUGAAAUGUCCUGCAUGAGCCUCAGACUCAGCUCACAGUUGUUACUUGUUCAUUCUGCAUCAUAUAUUGAUUACAUAUAUUGUCCCUCUGUGCUCUGUGCUGUACAGUAAGGUUGGAAGUCAUCCACACAAAAACUUGAAGUACUUCAUUACUCUGUAGUUCCAGCAAAUUGUUCUAAUAAAAGUCAAAGUGCAGCUUGUCUUUA